GAAGUAACACUAGAAGGUCUAAAUAGGUGGUUGGUGCCAGUGAUUUAAGCAAAUGAACACAGGAAACCAAGAGGAAGCAACCCAACAACAAACACAAAGAUCAGAAGAGAAGAGGAAGAUGACCAGGUAAAAUUCAACCACCAAUUAAACAAAUCAUCUUAUUUUCUACUUUUCCUCUUUUGAAUCCCACCAUCAUGUGCAGACUACUCUUUUUUUAAGAAAAAAAGGAAAAAAUCGUUUCCUCUCUUCUCCUCCUUUUAUGGUCAUGAGAAACCGCGUUUCUACAGUGACUGCUUUGAAACUAUAGUAUUCAAUUCAAAGUCUAGGUUUUUGAUUUUGAUACUUAGCAUUCCAACUUACAGAACCCAUAAAGUCUUAAAUUUUUCUCCUCUUCUUGUUCAUUCAUUUUUUUUUUCUUAAAUACCAAUAACUUUUCCUUUCUUUCCAUCUCUCUGUGAUUUUUUCUGUUCAUUUUCUAGGCUGAAACCCAGUUGUUUUUCGUCAGUUUUUUCAGUUUCCUACAAAGGGUAAUUUGCUUGAUGUAGGAUUGUCUUUGACCAAACAAGUGUAGACCCAUGUUGUCCAAGUUCUGUGUCCUUGUUGUUUCUCUUUUGUUCUUUUCUGGUGUUCUUCAAGCGAUUUCAGGAGUACAUACCCAUAAGGAUAAUGUAAUUCCCAAUAUCUCAUCUCUUGCCGGAAUCGAAUUGCCUUACGACAUGACCUUCAAUGCAGCUUCUUCUUCAAUACUAACAACAGAUUGCAGUCUCUCCAAUUCAGAGAAAGAGCAAUCAACAGCCAAAGACGACGGUGAUGAGGGACAAGAUUCUAAGAAAACGGUGAAACUUGAGUUAAAGCACAGGUACAGCCCGGUGAAUCAAGAAUCCAAGGCAGAAGAAUCUUUCUUAGCUUCCACCACUCGGGAUUUGACCAGAAUUCAGACUCUGCACAAAAGGAUCAUUGAGAAGAAGAAUCAAAAUGACAUUUCAAGACUGAAUAAGGACAAAGAGCAGCAAAAGAAAGUGUUGAAGCAACCUGUGGUUGCCCCAGCAGCAUCCCCUGAAGCUUAUGCAACUGGGAUUUCUGGGCAGCUCAUGGCGACCUUGGAGUCAGGGGUGAGCCUUGGCUCUGGAGAAUAUUUCAUGGAUGUUUUCAUCGGUACUCCUCCUAAACACUUCUCUAUGAUUCUUGAUACUGGUAGUGAUCUUAACUGGAUUCAAUGCAUCCCUUGUCAUGAUUGUUUUGAGCAAAAAGGGCCUCAUUAUGAUCCAAAGGAGUCCACAUCAUUUAGAAACAUAAGUUGCCAAGAUCCUCGGUGCCAUUUGGUUUCAUCCCCAGAUCCUCCCCAGCCUUGCAAGGCUGAGAAUCAGACAUGUCCUUAUUUCUAUUGGUAUGGUGACAGUUCAAACACAACAGGUGAUUUUGCACUAGAAACCUUUACUGUUAACUUGACAUCACCAGCUGGGAAUUCAGAAUUUAAGCAAGUAGAUAAUGUGAUGUUCGGUUGUGGUCAUUGGAACAGAGGCCUGUUUCAUGGGGCUGCAGGCUUGUUAGGACUUGGAAGAGGGCCUCUUUCAUUUGCCUCCCAGCUUCAGUCUCUAUAUGGUCAUUCAUUUUCAUAUUGCCUUGUUGAUAGAAACAGUGACACUAAUGUUAGCAGCAAGUUGAUCUUUGGGGAGGAUAAGGAUCUUCUGAGUCAUCCUGAGUUGAAUUUCACUUCAUUAGUUGCUGGGAAGGAUAACUCAUUCGAUACAUUCUAUUAUGUUGAAAUAAAAUCCAUCAUAGUGGGAGGGGAGUUGCUAAAUAUCCCUGAGAAGAUUUGGAAUCUGUCCUCUGAUGGUGGUGGUGGAACGAUUGUGGAUUCUGGGACUACACUCAGCUAUUUUGCUGAACCAGCUUAUGAGAUUAUAAAGGAUGCAUUCGUGAGGAAGAUUAAAAGGUAUCCAGAGAUAAAAGAAUUCCCAGUUCUGAAUCCAUGUUAUAAUGUAUCUGGACUUGAGAAGAUGGAGCUGCCUGAAUUUGGAAUCCUGUUUGCAGAUGGAGCAGUGUGGAACUUCCCAGUUGAAAACUACUUUAUUCGUUUCGAACCAGAGGAAGUUAUUUGCUUGGCAAUUCUGGGGACUCCUCAAUCUACUCUUUCCAUAAUUGGAAACUAUCAGCAGCAGAAUUUUCAUAUCCUGUAUGAUACAAACAAGUCUAGGCUGGGAUAUGCACCAAUGAACUGUGCAGAUGUAUGACAAUUCUUUUUUUUUUUUUUUUUGUUUUAAGAUUCACAUAAUUAUACUCAUAAAACAUGACUGUAUCAAUACAAUUGUAUGCAAUUUAUAAAUUAAUUUAUUUUUCCUUUUCAAA